GUGGACGUGGCAUACCGCUGCAGCAGUUCCGCUGAAUGUCCGCUUCUCGUUCCAAGGGAUUAGGGAGAGACAACCGGGGACGACAUCCAUUUUUCCUUUAGCUCCAGUUGCUAAACCGAGUCAACGGUUCACGACGAGCAAAGUGACGCCUUACUAUUCACACAUUGGAGAUUUAGGGAUGAAGGAGAAUGUAAACCAGCACACUCCCAUGGCCUCUCCUUACGUCCAGCCUCAGCCUGGUUACGGGCAGCAGCCCGCCUUUGCACCCUUGGACGGCGGGUGCCCGCCACCCUACGCACCUUACAAUGGCCCUAUGUCAGCCUACCAGCCUGGAGUGCCACCGCAAGGUUAUUCAUCUUUCACCACCUUCCCUUCUAAGGCUGUACCAGCCAACCCCAUCUCAGAGCUGUCCUCUCCUCUUGACCUAGGUCACGGCAGGGCUCCUCCCACUUCCGGGCCAGCGCCUGUAUCGGCUCCUCAAGCGUACAAUCAGUAUGCCGGUCAUCAUCAGGGUGACAUGCAGAACGGACCCCCGCCCUUGACACAGGCGCCCCCAAGGCCAGUUGCAUCCCAGUCGUACAACCAAGGAGCAGCCAAUCUGACAGGGCCGCCCACUUCUUACCCCCAAAACUACGGACCCCCACCCACAAUGCAACACUUCUCGAGUCAGAUGAGCGGCUUGCAAAUUAACUCCGGGCCGCCCAACGCCGCCGGGCCCGGAUACGCGUCACCUCACAGCUCCCAGCCUCCCGUCAGUCGGUCCUUCUCAGCCGCGCCUCCGCCCACCUACACGCAAGCUCCGCCCCCUGCGUCCUCCGCUCCCACCCAGGGGCCACCUGCUGUGUCUCAGCAGUACUACGGAGGCCCCCCUCCGCCUUCCCAUUCAUUUUUGCCUCCUACUUCUCAACAGCAAUUCACCUCCCCUGCUCCUCCUCCACCUAGCAAUCAGCCAUCCUUUGCUCCUCCUCCCGCGUACUCGGCUCCCCCACCGGCUCAGGCUCCCUCCCCGUCCGUGUCGCAGCCUCAGCAGUCCUUCGCCCCCACCCAGCCACCCACCUCCUCUCAGUAUCCUCCGACGUCAGCCCCCUCCGGCCAGUACCCAGGCCCCUUGCCGCCUCAGCAGCAACCCCCGUUCCCCUCAGGUCCCCUUCCCCCCAGACCUCAGAUGCCCCCCUCGUCCAUGUCUCAGAGCAACCACUUACCUCCAGGACCACAGGGCCCGCUAGGUCCUCCUGGACCGCUGCAGCCGCAGCAGAUGCCCCCACCCCAACCUGGCAUGCCAGGAGGGUACCCUCCCCAACAGAAUGGUGCAUUUGGUCAGGCAAGAGGGCCUCAGCCCGGUUUCAUGGGACCUUAUCCUGGCCAACCCAAUUACGGCGCUCCGGGACCGGCGCCUGGCUCUGCCCCACCUGCACAGAAAAGACUGGACCCGGAUGCCAUUCCUAGCCCACAAGCGUCUGACAUGCCGGCCGUGCAGAAAUCAAGACAUAGAAUAGACCCAGACGCGAUUCCCAGCCCAAUCCAAGUAAUCGAGGAUGACAAAGCCAAGAGCACAGAGCCAUUCAGCACAGGCGUCAGGGGUCAAGCGCCGCCACUGGUCACCACCGACUUCCACGUCCAAGACCAAGGGAACGCCAGCCCCAGGUUUAUCCGCUGCACCGCGUACAACAUGCCCUGCACGGCAGACAUGGCCAAGCAGUCUCAGGUGCCGCUGGCCGCAGUCAUCAAGCCCCUCGCCACUCUGCCGCCGGACGAGGUGCCUCCAUACCUGGUGGACCAUGGUGAAGGAGGUCCCAUCCGCUGCAACCGCUGCAAGGCCUACAUGUGCCCGUACAUGCAAUUCAUCGAGGGAGGCCGUCGCUUCCAGUGCGGCUUUUGCACUUGUGUCACAGAAGUCCCUCCUCAUUACUUCCAGCAUCUGGACCACACUGGCAAGAGAGUGGACUUCUACGACAGACCGGAGCUUUCGCUGGGCAGCUACGAGUUCCUGGCCACCGUUGACUACUGUAAAAACAACAAAGUUCCUCAGCCCCCGGCCUUCAUCUUCCUCAUUGAUGUGUCCUACAACGCCGUCAAGAGCGGCAUGGUCAAGAUUGUCUGCCAAGAACUCAAGACGCUUCUGGACCAGCUGCCCAGAGAGAACCCAGACUUGGACUCGGCAGUGCGAGUCGGUUUCGUGACCUACAACAAGGUGUUGCACUUCUACAAUGUCAAGUCCAGCCUGGCCCAGCCUCAGAUGCUGGUGGUGUCGGAUGUGUCAGAAAUGUUCGUGCCACUGCUGGACGGCUUCCUCGUUAACGUUGGGGAGAGCCGGCAGGUCAUUGAGAGUUUGCUGGAUCACAUCCCGGAAAUGUUUGCAGACACUCGAGAGACUGAGACCGUCUUUGGACCUGUUAUACAGGCCGGACUGGAGGCGCUCAAGGCGGCAGACUGCUCUGGGAAGCUGUUUGUGUUCCACACCUCGUUGCCCAUUGCCGAGGCCCCCGGCAAACUCAAGAACAGAGAAGACAAGAAGCUGAUUGGCAGUGACAAGGAAAAGUCUUUGUUUCAGCCUCAGGUGGGCUUCUACAACACACUGGCAAAAGAGUGCGUGGCACAGGGCUGCUGCGUGGACCUCUUCCUCUUCCCCAACCAGUACGUGGACGUGGCGACACUCGCCGUGGUUCCCGUCUCCACCGGAGGCUCAGUCUACAAGUACACCUACUUCCAGGCUCAGUCGGACCAGGAGAGAUUCCUAAACGACCUUCGACGAGACGUUCAGAAGCCGAUGGGCUUUGAUGCUGUCAUGAGGGUUCGAACCAGCACAGGAAUUCGAGCAACUGACUUCUUGGGCUCGUUCUACAUGAGCAACACCACCGACGUCGAGCUCGCCGGGCUCGACUGCGACAAGGCAGUCACGGUGGAGUUCAAGCACGACGAUAAGCUCAGUGAGGAGACCGGGGCGCUCAUGCAGUGUGCCGUGUUGUACACCAACUGCGGCGGCCAAAGGCGCCUACGUGUCCACAACAUGGCUGUCAACUGCUGCUCCCAACUGUCCGACCUUUACCGCAAUUGUGAGACGGACACCAUCAUCAACUUUCUCUCUAAAUACGCUUUCCGCGGCAUCCUUAACAAUCCCACGAAGGCGGUGAGGGACACUCUGGUCAACCAGUGUGCCCAGAUCCUGGCCUGCUAUCGCAAGAACUGUGCCAGUCCCUCGUCGGCCGGUCAGUUGAUCCUCCCCGAGUGCAUGAAACUGCUGCCCGUCUACCUUAACUGCGUGCUGAAGAGCGACCUGCUGCUGCCCGCCGCCGACGUGUCGCUGGAUGACAGGGCCUACUUACGACAGCUCAUCAGCUGCAUGGACGUGUCCGAGACGCACGUGUUUUUCUACCCACGCCUGCUGCCGCUGAUGAAGCUGGAGAGCGGCUCGUUGCCAGUGGCGGUGCGGGCGUCUGAGGAGAGGCUGUCCAAAGGGGGCGUAUACCUGUUGGAGACGGGCCUGCACCUCUUCCUGUGGGUGGGGGCCAACGCGCAGCAAGAGCUGCUGCUCAACAUCUUUGGAACAUCUAAUUUUGGCCAGAUCGACGCGUCAAUGACGUGUCUACCUGUCUUGGAUAAUCCUUUCUCGCUAAGACUCAGAGAGAUGAUUGACUCCUUCAGAGCACAGCGGUCACGAUACAUGAAGCUGGUGGUAGUGAAGCAGGAGGACCGCUCUGAGCUCAUCUUCCGACACUUCCUGAUGGAGGACAAAAGCGCCAGUGGCGGCGCUUCCUACGUGGACUUCCUGUGUCACAUGCACAAGGAAAUCCGCCAGCUCCUCAGCUAGAUUGGUCUACGCCGCCAUCUUCUCCUUUCCUUCUAUUCUGCCCCUUCUUCCCAUGUCCUUUUUUUUUUUUUUUUUUACCUACCUAAUGAUCUCUUCAUUGUCAGCGGAGCGCCACAGCUGGCACAUUACAUUGUGUGAGCGUAUGAGGAAAUUUGUGUGGGUGUGAGAUAAUCUGGUGUUAAUAGAGCUUCACUCUGCCUCAAAUCGACUGCGAGGGAGGACGAAGAAGAGGGGGAGGAGGGAGGGUGAUGUAUGUAUAUACACACAUACACACACACACACACACACACACAAUGAAGAAUAAUGUAUGCAACAGGACUGUAUGUAUUGACUAGCACUGACUAAAGGCUGUUUAAAGCACCCUCUCUCAUAUAUGGCUUUUUAUAUAGAAUCCAAUCCCGUUCUAUAGGAGGUCUCCGUGCUAGCAAGACACCAAUGAAAUCAAAUAAAUGCUGUAACCUGAUCUCCGCCACUCCCCUUAAUCAUUUAUCGCCUUAGAGCAAUCCGCUAAUGAAGUGUCUUCACCUUUACAGACUAAUAGGAGUUUCUGAUACAAAGGUAGUUAACAAGUUGUUCAUUGACAACACUCGAUUAUUAGCAUUCAUUAAGUGUACCUAAUGAAGUGUCCCCACUUUCUGUAGCUAGGGCUUGUUUAUUAAUGCGACGGGAAGCAUCGGCUAAUGGAAACACCUUUGCUCGUACGUAAUUGUCCUCCGUUCUCACGCAUUGGCCAACCGUGAUCAAUUAGUCACGCCACAACCACAUUUUGUGUGUGUGACGCCCCCUUGUGUCUGAUUGUCCUGACUGAGGUGUCCCACUUGACACAUGGAGGAAACUGCAAUAAUUAACAAAAAAUAAACAAACUAAGCAUUUUAUUUUUUGCAAAGCUCCAGGUUGGUAGAUCCGAUUAGUGGUGUCCCUAAUAGUUCUCACUUCCUGUGGGGAAGCUGCAGGCCUUCUCGCGCCAUAAUUUCUAUGUGGUGUGAGUAAAGCGGACGAAUGGACCUGCACUGAGUAGUCUGUGUGUUUAUAUAUAUAUAUAUACAUAAAUUUAUAUCAAAUAUAUAAUUUGUACAGAAUUCAUAGAGAAGAAGCCUUCUGAUGGAUUGUUUUGCCAUCGUAAACAGAAAAUGGCUUUUACUAAUGAAAGGGGUUUAAUGUCACGACUGAUUUAUUUUAGUGAGUGCGUGCAUGCAUGCGUGUGUCGGUCCUGGUGAAAUUUCGCCUGAGGAACAGAGGGACCCUCUAACGAACCUACCAAAAUUCAAGUCAAAAUCACCUUGUGUUCCUUUGCAAACAAAAAGAUGUACAAAUGUGUUUGAAAUCUUUUGUUCUCUGUUAUUUUGAUUGAUCUUCACUGUAUAAUCUUGCUUGUUUUGUUCCCUUUUUUUUGUAGCCCCCGCCACCCCCGUUUCUCAUUGCCUCUCGGGACUGCUAAUAAAAAUGAUUGUUUCAAAAGUGAAAUUCAA